AAUGGGACAAGGAUACAUUUCGGUGAGAGGCAGCGGCAACUUUCCAUGAAUAUGAGGAUAUUUUUGGAAUAUUUUCUACAGCUAACACCGAGGUCGGAACUUUGAAAAAUAGCGACUGUCAGAACGAGAAAACACACAAAAUUUGCUUCUAGCUCACGUAUAUUUCUUUUUUUUUUCUUUGACCGUUUCACGACUUAAAUGUGAAAUGAGACAAUAUACAAAGUGACCUCCACUGCUGCCACAUGACUUAAAAACAAUGCGAAUCGACCAGACAUCUCUCAGUUGAGAAGGUGCACAGUGCGGGCUCGCCAUUGCUCACCUUUGCUGUCGUGGGCACUUGAAAGCAGUGAACAAGUUGCUGGAGAAGAUAUUUUCCUGGAGCACGGAUAAGAAGGGGGUAAAAAAAACAAACAAAUAAAACACAGAAAGUAUGGCAGAACACGAGAGUCUGGAGUUUGGAAAGGCUGACUUUGUGCUUUUGGACAACGUGUCUUUGGAGGAAUUCAUGGCUAACCUGAAACACAGGUUUGAAAAAGGGAGGAUCUACACCUACAUCGGAGAGGUGGUCGUAUCUGUCAAUCCGUACCGUGCCAUGAACAUCUACGGCCGUGACACCAUAGAGCAAUACAAAGGCCGGGAGCUGUACGAGAGGCCGCCUCACCUUUUUGCCAUCGCCGACGCUGCUUACAAAGCCAUGAAGAGGAGGAACAAAGACACUUGUAUCGUCAUCUCAGGGGAAAGUGGAGCAGGAAAGACAGAAGCCAGCAAAUAUAUAAUGCAAUAUAUUGCUGCCAUCACCAAUCCCAAUCAGAGGGCCGAGGUUGAAAGGGUGAAAAACAUGCUGCUGAAAUCCAACUGUGUCCUGGAGGCUUUUGGGAACGCCAAGACCAACCGCAACGACAACUCCAGCCGCUUCGGCAAAUACAUGGACAUUAAUUUUGACUUCAAGGGAGACCCAAUCGGGGGCCACAUCAACAACUACCUGCUGGAGAAGUCCAGGGUAAUUUUCCAACAGGAGGGGGAGAGGAGUUUUCAUUCAUUUUACCAGCUGCUCAGAGGAGGCCCAGAGUCCCUGUUACGCUCACUUCACAUCCAGAAGGACCCAACAGUCUACAACUACAUCAAAGUUGGAGGCCACAUCAAGUCUUGCAUUAACGAUGGUGCAGAUUUCAAAGCUGUAGCCGAUGCCAUGAAAGUGAUCGGUUUCACAGGGGAUGAGAUUCAGACGGUGUACAAGAUCCUGGCCACCAUCCUGCAUCUGGGAAACCUGACAUUUGGGGUGGAUGGUGAUAUAACCUUAAUAGAGAACUCCAAGGUGGUGUCAGUGAUUGGCGACCUGCUGUCCACCAAGGAGGACAAUGUGGAGAAGGCCCUGCUGUACCGCACCGUGGCCACUGGUCGAGAUGUCAUCGACAAACAGCACACAGUACAGGAGGCCAGCUAUGGGCGAGAUGCCCUAGCCAAGGCCAUGUAUGAGCGUCUGUUCUGCUGGAUUGUGGGACGUAUCAAUGACAUCAUUGAGGUGAAAAACUACGAUGCUAGAGUCCAUGGGAAGAACACAGUCAUCGGCGUGCUGGACAUCUACGGCUUUGAGAUUUUCCAGAACAACAGCUUUGAGCAGUUUUGCAUCAACUACUGUAAUGAGAAGCUGCAGCAGCUGUUCAUCCAGCUGGUGCUGAAGCAGGAACAGGAAGAGUACCAGAGAGAAGGCAUCCCCUGGAAACAUAUUGACUACUUCAACAACCAAAUUAUUGUGGACUUGGUGGAGCAGCAGCACAAAGGCAUCUUCUCUGUACUGGACGAGGCUUGUAUGAAUGUGGGCAAAGUCACUGAUGAGGUUUUUCUACAAGGUCUCAACGGCAAGCUGGCCAAGCACGCCCACUACACCAGCCGUAAGCUCUCCCCAACUGACAAGAGUUUAGAGUUUGACAGAGACUUCCGCAUCAAGCACUAUGCAGGAGAUGUGGUGUACUCAGUGGUGGGUUUCAUUGAUAAGAACAAAGACACUCUCUUUCAAGAUUUCAAGAGACUUUUGUACAACAGCUCGAACCCGGUGCUGAAGGGGAUGUGGCCCGAGGGCAAGCUGAGCAUCACUGAGGUCACCAAACGUCCCCUGACAGCCGCAACCCUCUUCAAGAACUCCAUGAUCUCACUGGUGGAGAACCUGGCCUGCAAGGAGCCCUACUAUGUGCGCUGCAUCAAGCCCAACGAUGUCAAGUCCCCGCUGCUGUUUGAACAGGAGCGCUGCCGCCACCAGGUGGAGUACCUCGGGCUGCUGGAGAACGUCAGAGUGCGCCGCGCUGGCUUCGCCUACCGACAGACAUACCCCCGCUUCUUACAGAGAUACAAGAUGAUCUCAGAGUUCACAUGGCCAAACCAUGACCUGCCCUCAGACAAGGAUGCGGUGAGGAGGCUCCUGCAGGGUUGUGGCUUCGACCACGACGUUGCUUACGGCAAAACGAAGGUCUUCAUCCGUACACCGCGCACCCUCUUCAGUCUGGAGGAGCAGCGGGCUGAGAUGGUCCAGAGAAUUGUUCUCUUCCUUCAAAAGGUGUGGAGAGGUACCAUAGCCAGGAUGCGAUACCGGCGAAUGCGAGCCGCUCUUGUGAUCCUGCGGGCCUACCGGCGCUACAAAGUCAAGUCUUACAUCCGUGAGGUCAACCGUCGCUUCAAAAACGUGGGCUCCAUGAAGGACUACGGCAGGCAUGUCAAGUGGCCCACGCCCCCUAAAGUCCUGCGCAAGUUUGAGGAGGCACUCAGGAGCAUCUAUAACAGGUGGUGGGCGUGGACCCUCAUCAAAGGCCUUUCUCCAGAAGAGGCCCUGCAGGUGAGAGCCAAGGUAGCCAGCCUGGAGGCCCUGAAAGGCCAGAGAGCCGAUCUGGGGCUACAGAGGGCCUGGGAGGGCAACUACCUGAAGCGAGACAGCCCUGAAACGGCCUCGUCGUUCACAUUGGUCUCCAGCGAGCUGCAGCGGAAGGACAAAUUCAUGAGGGUCCUGUUCUCCUGCAACGUGCGCAAGAUCAACCGUUUCCACAAGGCAGAGGACCGGGCUGUUCUGAUCACCGACCGCCACCUGUACAAGAUGGACCCCCUGAAGCAGUACAAGCCCAUGAAGAGCAUCCCCCUCUACAAUGUUACAGGGGUGAGUGUGUCCCCUGGGAAGGACCAGCUGGUUGUGUUCCACACCAAGGACAGCAGGGACCUGGUGGUGUGCCUGCAGGGCAUGGUGCCCUCCACCGAGAGCCGCAUUGGGGAGCUGGUUGGCACCCUGCUCAGCCACUUCAAAAGUGAGAAGAGGAAGCUGCAGGUGAACAUCUCCAGUCCCAUCCAGUGCAGCAUGAACGGCAGAAAAUGCACUGUCAUCGUUGAGGCCAAGAUCAACCAAUCACAGCCAGACUUCACCAAGAGCCGAUCUGGUUACAUACUGGCCGUUCCAGGAAACUAAGAAGGGCCAACCAAGACAGUGACAAGAGAUAUCGAACCAGGCUGAGAUGAUGAUUCACUUCUGAUUCACUUCUCAUGUUGCCGAGCUGCUGACAAUGCGGCUCUGUGGUGUACAAUGUAAACAGCAGCUCUGUAGGAGAAAUGGGAUAAUUGAGUCCACAAAAUGUAAAGCCAAGCCAAAUUUGAUAUGUUCCUUAGGUCUCUAUGCAAUGUUCUGAUCAGGAAAUGUAAAAAAUAUUCCUUUUAAGUACAAGAUGAUCCACCAAAGAGGUGAUUUUUUUUUUUUUUUUUUUUUUUUUUUUUAAUAAUCCAAAUUUCAAAUAGUUUGUAUUGUGCAAUAUUUAGUUUGUAGUCAAGGUGAGAGAUUAUGUGAGGAAACUGUUCACAAAGCCACUGAUGUUCUGUAAUGGAAAAAAAAAAAGUCCACAGGCUUUGCAGGAUUUAAAAUCCCUGUAGCCAUGAAGGAGCCAUACCAAGAGAGAAACCUUGAAAAAAGAAGAGAUAUAUGUUUGACUCAGAUAUGUCACAGAUAUUCAGCCGGCUUUUGAGUCAGAAGAAAACACUUAUUAUGGUUCUAUUCUAAGGAUUAAUAACGACGACCUUCUUCGAUGACGUACCUACUUAGAUGGUAAAUUUAGGAAACUUCGACUUAAUGUUUCAUCUGUUUCCUAUUUUAUUUUAUUUCUUUUUUUUUCCUUUUUGUGGUAUAAUACAUCUUUCCAAUCAGAUAUUGGAACAGCAAGGGAGCGAAUGUGAUUCAGUGGUUUGUCAGUGUCUGAGGAACAAAUAUCAAAUCUAAUUCAUUGUCAGUUUGUUAGUCACAGGAUGUUGAGUAGGAUGUGUUGAGCAUAUCCUGAGCGUCACAACCUGCUUCAAACGAAGUGUUAAAAUUUCUUAAUUUAAAUCCUGCAUCUUAUUCUCUCGGCUAUAAUGUUUGUACAUUUAUAAUACUCUGGUAGUGCUUAUAUAUUAUGUUAGAAUAUAUGUGAACAGCCUAGGAUGACACUUUAAAUAUGUUUUAUGCACAGCACUUAUACCACAUUUGGUGUACAGAUGGAUGGUAUCACUAAAACUGAAGAAUGGAAGGGAAAUAUAUAGAUUCCCACAUUUCCAUUUUUUUUUUCAUUGAUGUAGCUUUCAUUUAAAGAGCACUUCAUAUUCUUUUACAAUUUAGACUUAACAACAGGCAGAGUGACAGUACUGUAAAAUCCUGUGUGAACUCCAGUCCCUGAGCAUAGUAUCAUUUGUUGUCUUUGUGUUGAGUCAAUAGUCUAAUGACUUGUAGCGGCCCUCAGUCCUUUUGAAUGGGCUGGCUCUUGACAAAUGUCCCCUUCAUCAGACAGAGUGUGUGUGUGUGCGUGCGUGCGUGUGCAUGUGUGGGAGAGUGUGUGCAUGUGGGCGUGCGCGGAAGUGUGAGUUGAUUAGCUCUGUGAUGCUUUGCCCUCUCCUCUGCUUGGCUCUGUGACAGGGAGCCUGGCUUGUGGCCAUGGUGAACAGAGUGGAGACAGGUCAGUGGGUGUAAAGUCUCUAACUCGCUAAAGUUGGCUAGUCCCAGCAACAUAAUCAGACCGCUGCCCUACUGUACCUCCCGGUCUGCAGCUCAGACACGGGGAUAUAGAUUUUGCAAUGGGCUGUAUUGUUUUUGUUUUGUUUUAUGUUUUUUCUGCAUGAAUGAUGAACAGCUUGGAGACAAUAGCUGAUCAUGUGAAUUUUGCCUUCACUUUCAUCAAUAUGGAAAGCCAAAUAACAUUAACCAACAGGGCUGGACAAUUCAUCGAAUGCUAUUGAAAUUGCAUUAUGGCCAAGUAGAUCUGCAGGAGCUGCAUUUUUUUUUCUUUGAUAAAAGGAAAACGUGACAAAAUGUUGUUGUAAAUGAACUUCUGUGGUGCAACAGAAACGCCCCGGCCUCCAAGGUGUGUUCUCCAGACAUAAGAAAACAUGUUUGUUUGGUACAGAUCCCAGCAAAAACCACAUCAUCAGCAUUUUAAUAGUUUUUUCCAGUAAAAAUGAAAGUUAUGAUGUGGACUGUGGAUCAUAUUGCAAUUGCAAUAGUUGUCGAAAUAAUUGCAAUAUGAUUUUCCUUUAUCAUAUUGUUCAGCCCCACUAACCAUAUCACUUGUGCCCUGUGUGGAAACUUUCCACUCGGUUUUCAUUAGUAUAUCUACACUGUUGUUCCUCCAACCAUCUAAGAGCUCAGUGGGAGUUCAUAAUAUCAUGAGCUAUUUUGCUUUAUAUAACAGAUAUAAUACCAAUCGGAUACAGUAUAUAAACCAUAAAUGUCUGGUAUUAUUUCAUUGUAUAAACAUGUAUUUGCUGCUUGUUAAUUAAUUAUUGCUUUCCUGUGCAUAUUUUGUUUUUUCAUUGCCACUGAUGAUUAUGGAAGGGCUGUUUCUUGUCCAUAUGAUACUAAUGUUAGUUAUCAAUCAUCUUGUAGGAAUCAGUUUGUUAUCCUGUACAAGACAGGAUCUUGACAUACAGGCUGAUGACAUUUAUGUGAUGGUAAAUGGCAUGGCACACACCCUUAGGACCAGACACCAUAACAUCUCCCCACCUAUAUAGAGAUUAUAUUUUUGGCCUUAUGUGUGUGUGUGUGUGUGUGUAACUGAGUGAGAAGUGUUGACCGUUGUCUGUGAUAUGACAGCCCAGGCGUGUGAGUUGGAGCUCCCUGGAUGCUUGGCCUAGUUAACAUGGCAGCGUGCUGGCCCGCAUUACUUGAACAAGAAGAAAAACUUCUCACCAAUCAGUAUCACGAGUACCACGGUCUGCUAAUUGUACCGGAUGUUGCCUGUUCGAGUCGUUUAUCUUAAUUAGUUCAUAAAUGCCCCUGUCUUUUGAGGAAGCAAAUCUCCAUUUUACCUCGCAGCUUUGUGGUGAAUGACCUUGUCCCAUUGCUUGAUAAGGCACUUUAAAGCUGAAAAGAGUUGUUUGGGGAAAAUGGUGUAUUUAUAGAAUGGAUUAGCAGAAGUGACAUUGGAAACGCUAAUAGAAGGUUUUCAUUGCCGCUUAGGCCUGGGGGCUGCCCGUGAGGAAUAGCGUGUGUGUGUGUCUAUGUAUGUGGUGUGUGUGUGUGUGUGUGUGUGUGUGUGUGUGUGUGUGUGUGUGUGUGUGUGUGUGUGUCAGACACCAUAGCUCUCCAUAUCCUCCAGCCUGAUAUCUCCCACAGGGCUUCUCCUCUCCCCUCUGCUCUGCUAUUCACUGUGCAUCAUUAGAAUGGACCCACUGUCACUUUUCACUUCAGCGGAUUUCUCUCUCCUCUCUGGUGUGUGUGUGUGUGUGUGUGUGUGUGUGUGUGUGUGUGUGUGUGUGUGUGUGUGCAUGCGCGGGGGGGUUACUGUUUUCAGCGAACAAAGCCUCACUUGGCCUCCUCUCCUUCUCUGCUCCCUCUGCUUUCCCUUUUUCCCCCCUCCCUCCAUCUCUCCUUAUUUCCACUUUCCUUCCUCUAUCAAAUCACUUGGCUCUGUGCCCAGGUGGACUGACUGCACCAUCCUGCAGGGCAGUGAAGGCUUCUCUCUCUCUCUCUCUCUCUCUCUCUCUCUCUCUCUCUCUCUCUCUCUCUCUCUCUCUCUCUCUCCCUUUUUUUUUCUUCAACCCUCCUGUGCCUUGGAGUAGUAUGGAAGCUACACCAACAACAAACCAUUCCAAACAAUAAGCUGCCAUGCCGGGACACAAACAAAGCUGAAUAUCUUAACCUAAAACAUAAAUACCGUUGAUCCAACAUCUGCUAAGGUGCCCUUAUCUUUUUUUAGCGUGCAACCCCAAUCACCAGUGAUUAAUUUUCCAUAAUAAUGACUUUACUUGUGACGAGAAGGGGGAAAUUAAUUUUGAAUCCCUUGGGAAUCAGCACAGUAAGUGGGAAAAUCGAACGGCUUUUCCUUAAAAAUCCACUCAAAAAGCGAAAAAGGUUGUCAAAGAUAAAAGCAAAAAAAAAAAAAAAAAAAAAA